AUUCUGCUGCCAGUCUCUUUUCCACCAUUGAUAUCCAAAGCAUAAACACAAAGAAAACAAACCCCUUUUUUUUAAGAAAAUAUAAUAUAAUUUCCUUAUUUUCCCCGAAGACCUUUUUGUUUGUUCAUUUGUGUCUUGAAACAUCCUCCCUCACCCCCUCAUCCAGGAGGGAUGGAGAUAGGAAAGAAACCAAUUUCAAUGUCACAUUUUCAUUCCAUUUUUUUUUUCUUCCUUCCUGUUUCCCAUUGUCCACUACAAGCUUCUUCCAUGGCUAUCCUCCUGGUUAUAGUGUUCUUUUGCACCUUCAUUUGUCACCCUACCGCAGUUGUUGCCAGUGCCACGGGUCCUUUCAAUCCGGCAGACAACAUCCUCAUCGACUGCGGUGCAACCGAACCGCCCAAGCUCCCCGACGGAAGGUCAUUCAAAACCGAUAAGGAUGCGUCUCAAUUUCUCGACACUAAGGGUGAUGCCCAAGUGUCUGCCUCCAAUGUCAAUCUCCCUUCACCUUUGUUUUUAAAUGCCAAGGUGUUCCCUGAAGAAGCAACCUACACUUUCGAGUUGAAACGGCCCGGUUUCCAUUGGGUCCGGCUCUAUUUCUACGCGAUAAAAGAUAGCAAGUACGAUCUCCUGCAGUCGACAUUCUCGGUCUCGGCAAACCAUUAUGCUAUCCUUCAUAACUUCAAGAUUAUCAAUGGAAGCAUACCUGUUCUCAAGGAGUAUCUUCUUAACAUGAAUGAUCCUAGAUUCAUUCUCAAGUUCUCUCCCAUGACGAAUUCAUUCGCUUUCGUGAAUGCCAUCGAGGUCGUUUCAGCACCAGAUAGUUUGAUCGCGGAUGAGGGGAUGUCGCUCUUCCCGGUUAACAGCUUCCAAGGCUUGACCAAGCAUGGUUACCAAGUUGUUUAUAGGUUGAACAUGGGGGGGCCUUUGAUUACCCCACAAAAUGACACUCUAGGAAGGACUUGGAUACCUGAUAGUGAUUACCUUGAGGAUAAAGCCUUUGCUUUAAAAGCCUCUACUUCAACAACUGCAAUCAAUUACCCCGAGAAGCUAACCCCUUGGAUUGCACCACCAACGGUUUAUUCGUCCCUCAUUGAGAUGGCGGUUCCCGAGGCCGGCACGAUAAACCCGAACUUCAAUGUGACAUGGCAGAUGGAAGUCGAUAAAUCAUUUGAUCACUUGCUCAGGUUGCAUUUCUGUGACAUAAUCAGCAAGGCACCCAAUACCCUGUAUUUCAAUGUGUACAUCAAUGGUAAAAUGGCUAUCUCCGGGUUGGAUUUGUCGAGCAUAACGGGAGGUCUGGGUGUUCCAUACUACAAAGAUAUAGUAGUGAAUGCUUCCACUUUCACCAGCGCACUAAUAGUUCAGAUCGGUCCGCUGAACAAGGAUACGGGAGAAACUAAUGCGAUUCUUAAUGGCUUGGAGGUGAUGAAAAUGAGCAACUCCGCAGAGAGUUUGGAUGGGGAAUUCGGUGUUGACGGAAGCUCGACCUCGAGCAACAAGGGUACGGUGGCUGUUGUCGGUUUCGCCAUGAUGUUCGGCGCCUUUGUCGGUCUCGGUGCAAUGGUUAUUAGAUGGAAGAGGAGACCCCAAGAUUGGCAAAAGAGGAAUAGCUUUUCUUCAUGGCUACUACCACUCCAUGCUGGAGACAGUAGCUUCUUGAGCAAGUCAGCUGGUUCCCAAAAAAGCACCUUCACCUCAUCAUCACUAGGCUUAGGCCGUUACUUCUCCUUGGCAGAGUUGCAGGAAGCAACCAAGAACUUCGAUUCGAGUGCGGUAAUCGGGGUCGGUGGGUUCGGUAAUGUGUAUUUAGGCUCGAUCGAUGAUGGAACCCAAGUUGCUGUCAAGAGAGGGAACCCACAAUCCGAGCAAGGUAUCACAGAGUUUCAGACAGAAAUCCAGAUGUUGUCAAAACUGAGGCACAGGCACUUGGUGUCACUGAUCGGUUAUUGCGACGAGAACAGUGAAAUGAUCCUCGUCUAUGAGUACAUGUCCAAUGGACCUUUCAGGGAUCACUUGUACGGGAAAAACUUGCCAUCUCUAUCAUGGAAGCAGAGGCUCGAGAUCUGCAUCGGAGCGGCUCGCGGACUUCACUACCUUCACACUGGUACCGCACAAGGCAUCAUUCACCGUGACGUUAAGACCACCAACAUAUUGCUAGAUGAUGCCUUCGUUGCCAAGGUAGCCGAUUUCGGGCUGUCAAAAGACACACCUAUGGGGCAGAAUCAUGUUAGCACAGCAGUGAAAGGCAGUUUCGGAUAUUUAGAUCCCGAGUAUUUCAGGAGGCAACAAUUAACCGAAAAAUCCGACGUUUACUCAUUCGGGGUCGUCCUAUUCGAGACCUUAUGCGCAAGGGCCGCCAUUAAACCACAGUUGCCUAGAGAGCAAGUUAACUUAGCAGAAUGGGCAAUGCAAUGGAAGAGGAAAGGCUUGCUCGAAAAAGUCAUCGAUCCUCACCUUGUUGGUGCCAUCAAUGCCGAAUCGAUGAACAAGUUCGCCGAGGCUGCCGAGAAAUGCUUGGCCGAAUACGGUGUCGACAGGCCUUCAAUGGGGGAUGUUUUAUGGAACCUGGAACAUGCAUUGCAGUUGCAAGAAUCAUCCUCGGAGGGAAAAUCAGAGGAGGCAAACAGACAAUCGAACACCGCCACAACGCCGCCUCCAGUCGUCGCUCCACCGUACGAAACAGUACCUCCUCCUGCUCCUCAGCCAGAAACCAAUCAAUCAGCCGGAGGUGAUCAGAACAUUGAACACUCGGGGACUGCAAUGUUUGCACAGUUUCAAGGGCUGAAUGGUCGAUAAAAAAAAAUACUGCCGCUUGAUAAU